AAAAGCAAGUCUUUAUCUUUUUCUCCACAAGAUUUAAUAAAAAAAAAAACAAAUAUAUUUGUACGCUGUAAUGGAUUUUCAUAUUUUCCCUUUUAUUCUUGUCACAAUUUUCAUAUCAUAUGGCUCCUGUUAUUCCCAUAAAGGGUUGCACGGAUACAUGAAGGAUGCAACUUCAGCACCAACUUAUGCUCGCUUCGAUUACAUAGUCAUCGGAGGAGGAACCUCAGGUUGUUCAUUAGCCGCAACGCUCUCUCAAAACGCAAACGUUCUGGUUCUGGAACGCGGCGGCUCUCCCUACGACAAUCCAACGGCCACGGACAUGGAAAACUUCGCCAACACACUCUUAAACGUCACACCAAACUCAUGGUCGCAGACUUUCAUCUCCGAGGACGGCGUUUACAACACACGUGCGCGCGUCCUCGGGGGCGACUCGGUGCUCAACGCUGGAUUUUACUCACGUGCGGAAAAUUCUUACGUGGAGGAAGCUGAGUGGGAAAAGGAGGAAGUGGAAGCUGCUUACGAGUGGGUCGAGAGGAAACUUGUGUUCGAGCCACAAGUAAUGGGAUGGCAAUCGGCGUUGAGAGAUGGGCUUUUGGAGGCUGGUGUGUUACCUUACAACGGUUUCACGUUGGAUCAUAUCGUUGGGACAAAGAUCGGUGGUACAAUCUUUGACCCUGCUGGUCAUAGACACUCGGCGGCAGAUUUGUUGGAGUAUGCUAAUCCAGAGAAGCUUGUUGUUUACAUGCAUGCUCUUGUUCACAAAAUCCUCUUCACUAAAGGAGACCAAAUACCUAAGGCGUACGGAGUGGUCUAUCAAGACACGGAUGGAGUGUUUCACAAGGCAGAGCUGGCGAGAAACACAAUGAAUGAAGUGAUUUUGUGUGCCGGUGCCCUUGGGAGCCCUCAGCUGUUGAUGCUGAGUGGUGUGGGUCCUAAGGCUCAUCUUGAGGCCCACGGGAUUCAUCCCGUGGUGCUAGAUCAUCCCAUGGUUGGACAAGGGAUGGGCGAUAAUCCGAUGAACAGCGUUGUGGUUCCUUCUCCUCAACUUGUAGAUCUGUCCCUUGUAGAGGUCGUUGGGAUCACCAAGUUUCAUAGUUUCAUUGAAGGUUUUAGUGGCUUGAGUCUCUCUUAUAACUUGACCCGUAGGUUCUUUGAUGGUACUUUGAACCUUCUCCACGAGUCAAGCCUCUCCACCCAAUCAAUCACAAACUUUUUCAAAUCCAUUGAUCUUCGAUUGAACGUUAUGGAAAAUCAUGGUGUGAUCAUGAAUAAAGUGGAUGGUCCAGUCUCGAGAGGUCACUUAGAACUCCGGAACAUGAAUCCAGAUGAUAACCCUUCUGUGACAUUCAACUACUACAAAGAGCCAGAAGAUCUGAAGGUAUGUGUUAAAGGACUUAAAACCGUUAUCAAAGUGAUAAACUCAAAUGCAUUCUCCAAGUACAAGUACCCAAAUGCGACCGGACGCGAGCUGCUCAAUCUCAUGCUGAGCCUUCCCAUCAAUCUGAGGCCUAGGCACAAGACCGCAAUGUUUAACUUGACGCAGUUUUGCAUCGACACAGUGGUGACUAUUUGGCAUUACCAUGGAGGUUGCCAAAUUGGAAGAGUGGUCGACAAUAAUUACAAAGUCUUUGGCAUUGAUGCCUUAAGAGUCAUCGAUGGAUCCACGUUUCUCAAGUCUCCGGGAACUAAUCCCCAAGCCACGGUCAUGAUGCUCGGAAGGUACAUGGGGCAGAAGAUUCUUCGCGAGAGAAAUGCUUCCGGUGAAAAGAAUCAAGAUGAUUCGAUCAUUAAAGAUGGGACCAACAUGUGGUCUUCGUCAUCCAAAUAAAAGAGUGAUUAUUGUCUAGUUGAUGUUGUCGAAUAUUAGUUAUCUUUCUAACUAAGAUAUUAGUAAUCAUCUUGUUCAUUAAUAUCAUGUGAAGUUAUAUUGUUAGGUAAUGAACUAAUGAUGGUGCCUUUCUUCGGCUCAAGAGGAACCAUCAAUUAAAUACUUUAAUCGGUUUCAUUUUGGGUUUUCCUCUUUGAUUAGUUUGUUUGUACACUGUAUCAAGUUUCAAAUUACGUUUCUAUAUAAAAUUUUCGUGUU